CCCGGGGCGGUUUCGGGGUCGCAACCUUUUGCACACCGAUAUGGCGCCUACCUGAGAGCGAGUGGCCAUGUCGGGGUAAGCGCGUACCAUGUAGGCCGGACAGCGUCCAGCAUCGCGGAUGCGACCAUUGUUGCGGUCCCAAACAACCACCCCGAGGCGCGGAAGUGAUGAUGAGAAGCACCAACCAGGGUACCUGAGGGGGUUGAGUGCUGGCGGGAUGCGUGAGGCAGAUUCCAGGACAAGCGUGCCGCUGAUUGUCUCGAGUCGGGCUCGAUUGAGAGUCGCGCGGCGCAACUGGGCGCUCGACCUGCGGACGGCGAGUGGGCGUUGGUGUCGGCAGUCAAAUCAAGUGCUCUGCAGCGCAUGCCCUUGCGCCGACCCACCCCACCGGGCGCGGGCGACGUUUCCGCCACCCAACCCCAUCAAAUGCCGGUUCGCAUUCGCGCCGGCCCUCUUCGCCAAGCGGCAUGAGGCCCACGAAGGGGUGGUGCACGCUGGAACACUUCCCCCCGGGCCUGGUUCCACCGCAUCGCAUUCUCCCGCCAAGCAAGGCGACGGACGAUGGCGAUUCAUCGGAGCGGCGAUGCCUCUACACCUGAUUUAGCUUAAUAAAGGGAAGACCGACCGCGCUAGCCCCCCAUCGCACUUGCCGAGCACGCCCAAGCCUUGGCCCACCCACGCCCGCCCUCAUCCACCCCCACGGGCCCUCUUCUGCCUGUCAGGCCCGGGAGAUGUUUUGGCCGAGAGCGCCCCUCGCUGCAGCCACU